AUGGCGGCCCCCCCAGAGGUUGGAGUAGCAGUGAUAGACGUAACGGCCUGCGCCAACCCCAGAAUUGGAGUCGUCCGCGUUCAGCCGGACCAGUUAACCGGAAGGCCAAGCCCGUUGGCCCCGUCCCGGGCGAGCCAACCCCGGGUAAAUCCUGAUGGGACGGCUAUUUGUCGUUCGCGCAUCCGGUUCAUCGGGUGUUCAUGGCAUUUUGCUCCAGGGACAUAUGGGAAGGGGGUUGGUCUUCUCCUCAGCAACUCCAAGUCCUUUGGUAGUCCCGGAACCGCUCCCCGGAGAACCGGAUUGGUGGACCAUUUACGCGAGAGGUGGUUAUGGCCAUGGAAGAAUGCGGGGGUGGCUGACUCCCGUGCUCCACUUGUGUGCAACCAUCUUCGCGUUGUCGUUCCACUGGCCCCUCAACCGAACUCCACCCCCCAUUCCACAUAUGAGUCUUCUUUUCUUUUCGAAGACCAAUCAUUCAGCGGGUUUAGCUCAGUUGGGAGAGCGUCAGACUGA